AUGGCGGGCUCAAUCCAAGCGAUCAAGACUUACCACGUCGUCAACGCCGGCACCUUCACCACCCGCAAUGUCGAACUCCAUCACGCAAACAUGCCCUUCCUCUGGGCGCAGCAGGACACCUGGAAAAUGGGCGUGCCCAAGAUUCGUUUCCGCACGCAAUCGCCCACGGGUCCCGUGAUCGCAGGAGCGAAACUCCCGGUCUUCGCGCGCGGUGUCGACGUCGUGCUCGGCGACCCGGAGGAUAAAUCUCUCACUUGGACGGCUGUGGAGCCCGAUAAUUCGUUCACGCUCUCCUCGUACAGUUUUCGGGGAUACGGGAGUGGGCAUCUAUAUACUUGGAAGCGGACGCAUAAUCACGCUUUUGGAUCGAGUCGCUUGAGUGGGAGUGACUUUAAACUCGUUGAUCCGUCGAAUGGCGACAAGGUCCUUGCGGUAUAUAUCAAAGACAGCUUCAUGGGAGGCCCGAAUCUUGGACACAUCGACUACUUUGUCGAGCUGGGUCAAGAUCUCGAAUUGCAGACUAUCGCAUCGAUUUUGGGUAUCGAGGAGAGGUUACGGCGCAGACGUAGAGGUAACGCAGCGGCAGGAGGAGGAGGAGCAGCCGCUGCCUGUUGA